AUGCAUUGUCUCUCCGUUGCUACGGGGAAUGUUCCCAGCAGCAGCAGCAGCAGCAGCAGCAGCAGCAGCAGCAGCAGCAGCAGCAGCAGCAGCAAGCGAAAGGACAGUUUCCCGUGUCUGCUGUCCCACCACCUGCGGGAGGAGUCUCUUGGCGGGCCAGUAGCAGCAGCAGCAGCAGCAGCAGGGGACAGCAGCAGCAGCAGCAGAAGCAGCAGCGUUUGCAGCAGCGCUCCCGCAGCAGCAGCAGCAGCAACAGCAGCAGCAGCAGCAGCAGCAGCAGCAGCAAUCUUGCGUCCCAAGAGACACUUAUCUGUGUCUUCUUCGCCCCACAGGGGCCCCAGGGCCCGCCUGAACCCUCCCCACAGUACCCUAAGGCUGGGGGGCCCCCCGAGGGGCCCCCUGGGGCCCCUGGGGGGCCCCCCGAGGGGCCCCCUGGGGCCCCUGGGGGGCCCCCCGAGGGGCCCCCUGGGGGCCCUGGGGGGCCCCCCGGGGCCGGGGGGCCCCUUUGGGGCCCACCCCUGUUCCUGGGGGGCCCCCCUGGAGGGUUCAGUUGAGUACCCUCCCUACACAGCAUGGGAGGGGGCCCCUGCUGCUGCUGAAGCGGCCCCCCUGCUGCUGCAGCAGCUGCAGCAGCAGCAGCAGCAGCAGCAGCAGCAGCAGCAAACAGAAAGCAGUGCGUUCGGCUGCGCUGCGACGCCACCGCAGCAGCAGCAGCAGCAGCAGCAGCAGCGCAGUGAGGGGCCCGCCGCGCGGCCGCAGCAGCAGACCCUAACACCGCAGCAGCAGCAGCAGAAGCAGCAGCUGCAGCAGCUGCUGCAGCAGCAAAUGGCUCUUUACAAACGCCAAGUCUCUUCCUGCAAAGGCUGCAGAACAAACCCCUGCGACCAGGAGACCCUCUAG